UGGAAAAUGAGAAUGAGGACAAAGAGGGAGGGAUACUUUCAUUCCCUCAUUUGCACAGAGGAAGGGGAGGUCCAGCGAUGGAGUAGCAGAAGAAGUGGGACAACCAUCAGCCACAUCUUCAGCUGAGCCCAGAAAUUUUCCAUUGAGAAGUGAGGGUUGGUUUCCAGCAAGACCAUCAUGGUGUGGGGCUGGGUUACGGACUUUUUCACCUACGAGACCACCAAAUCUGUGGUGGUCAAGAGCUGGUCUGUGGGCAUCAUCAACAGAGUCGUGCAGAUCUUCAUCAUCGCUUACUUCAUUGGCUGGGUGUUUAUCCACGAGAAAGCCUACCAGGUGUCCGAUACCGGCAUAGAGUCAUCCGUCAUGACUAAAGUGAAGGGCUUCGGCUACCAUCAAAACCGCACCAUGGAUGUGGCCGACUACGUCUUCCCCCAACAGGGUGCAGCUGUGUUCUGCAUCAUGACUAAACUUAUCAUCACGGAGAAUCAGUUCCAAGGAAAAUGUGGAGAGAUUGGGAAUAGCUACAGCUGUGACACAGACGACGACUGUGAGCAGCAUAUCGAUUCCGUCCUUACAAACGGGAAGAUUACUGGUUUUUGUCUUCACAACGAUAACAAGUCCAAAGGUCAGUGUGAGGUGGAGGGAUGGUGUCCCGUGGAGAAUGACAAGAUUAAAAUUGAAGCAAUGGAGGACGUGAAAGACUUCACGAUCUUCAUCAAGAACAGCAUCCGUUUCCCUCUCUUCAACAUCACCAGAGGAAAUUUUCCAUCCAACAUGAAGUCUGGUGAGAUAAAGAGGUGUAAAUACAACCCCGACACCAACCCCUUCUGCCCCAUCUUUGUUGUGGGGGACAUUCUGGAAUACACUGGACAGAAUGUGACCAGCCUGGCGACAGAGGGUGGUGAAAUUGGAAUAAAUAUUGAGUGGAAGUGUAAUCUCGAUCUGGACAUUGAUUAUUGCGUGCCCAAGUAUUCCUUUACCCGACUGGAUGCUCCUUUUGUCAAAAACGCCAUCUCCAAAGGUUUCAACUUCCGGUUUGCCAAAUAUUUUAAGACGCUGAACGGUACUGAAUAUCGGACAUUGCACAAAGCUUUCGCCAUCCGCUUUGAUGUCAUGGUCACCGGCAAAGCGGGAAAGUUUGACACGGUCCCAACAUUAAUCAACUUGGUCGCUGCCUUCACUUCCAUUGGACUUGGUACAGUUCUUUGUGACCUCAUCCUGCUGAACUUCCUCAAAGGAGCAAAGCAAUACAAGGCCAAGAAGUUUGAAGAGGUGUCGGAGGCUCAGAUAGAGGCUCAGAUGGAAGCAUCCCUCGCUCCGAGCCCCAGCAGCCAAAUGUCCAUCAAAGAAGUUAUGAAACGCUCCUGCGACUCUGGAGCCCAUUCUCUGGCCGCUGCUGAUCAGCCCGUUUGACACAACCGAACCUCUUGCUGUUCCCACCAAUCAUUAAGCCUUUUCGUGACUGUGGAUCCUGCAGAUUUUGUUCAAUAAGCUUAAGGAAUUGUGUAAAGACGGACUGCACUUUACGGAGUAUCUAUGAUAAGCAAAUCAAGAAGUAAACAUGCAAGACCAACGCCCGCAGGAUUUUGCCCUUUUGGUUGGAGGUGUUUCUAGUAAUGAAACGCAGAGGGGAAACAUUAAUUAAUCGUUAAAUCAUGUUUUUAAUUGUUAACUCACGCAGAAGAACAAACUUAUACACAACGUCAAUGAGCCAUCCAAUUUUCUAACACACUAGAUGAACCAAACCAAAAUUGUACGACAAAACUUCAACUCACUGAAGCGCUGAGAUUCAGUGUUGGAAAAACAAAGAUAAGCUACAGAGUUAUUCUAAGUUAAAAGAGAACUCAAAUUUGAAAAAACAUUGCAAUAAUAUGCCCCCACUAUUCUAAGCACGGUAUUCUGAUUGUGUUGGUGGAAGAAAACUUUAGCAGAUGAAUCCACCCGUUUUUCAUCCAUCUCAGAGGGCAAGCAGGCAAUUUGACAAUUGACCGCCCUCUGCUGUCGACUGACCUUAACGUCAGUGCCCUCCGACUUGUAAACGUCACGCAAGCAAACCCAAAACAAAUGCAAGCCGUACAGCACAGGUAACAAAACUAAAAUCACACGCACAUAAUUUAUUGUAAAGUAUUGCAGUAACAUGAAGUGCUUUUCCAGUAGCACCUGUAUAUCAGCAUAACCGAUUUUUCGCCCUUUUGGUUAUGAACCCAAGCAAACUCCAUGCUAUGACAGCUAUCUCUUGUUUGCUUUGCUUAAAUGAGUCAUUAUAAGAAGCAAGGCAUAAAACAUACUUGCAGUAAUUCCUCUUUUCGUGGCACAAAAUAAAUAUUGCGUGUCUUUGUCCUCAUCGUUGUUUGGACAUUGUGACAGAUAUACACAAGAAUGAGCUCCCUCCACUUCUUUGAACUGUGCUUGUAUGUGUGUGUGCCUGUGCGUGCAUGAGCGUGCCAACUUGAGACUUGAGAUUUCCAAAUGGACCAUUAUUAGUCGCUCUCUGGUCAAUCAUGGGCCCUAAUGGACUCAUGUGAAUUUCCCUACUUUGCUGAGUAGAAAAUUGCAUUAUCACAAGGAAUUUCUGUUUAUUUGUCACAUCCACAACUUCAUUUCAGAUAGUACUAACAUGAUUGUGUGUUAUAAACACACGGAAAAUGUUGAAAUGGAGACGGGCUCCUUUCACCGUGGCUAUUAGAUCAACUAAGAUGCUCUCUAUGGCUCUGAUUGGGAUUGAGCCAAGACAGUGACUGUGAAGGGAGGAGGCCUCUGAAGAAUUGACAGCUGUUAGCCACAAGGUUUGAUGCACUCUUCUGAUCACAGCAUUCAAUAUCAUGCAUAUAAAGGAAAUGACAGUACCAUUAAGUACUCUAACUCACUGAAUGCUUUCUCAUUGUCACUGAAACCAAUCGGAAAGGCAUGAAUACAAAUGUAAACAAUCUUGGUUAUUUCGAGCUUAGG